AUGUCUUCUUGCACUCAUCCAUACCUUUCGUUCGAUGUGAUCGACUCGGUCAAAUUCAAAUACAGACCACCAAAGCAAGAAACCAUCUCCAAAGCUCUACGCGUGGGUGAGCCAUCCCGCAAGAAGGCAAAGAGAGCAAGGACAGUGUCGCCAGCGAGAAGCGCGGAGGCUUCUGGACUGCCGCCUGUGUCGACGUUCCCUGCUCCUGUCGUCGUGCCAGGAGACGGCAUCUAUGAUGAUCCGGAUGAUCCACUACAAAGCGUACAGAAGUGGGUGGAUGGGGAGCACCGUAACAAGGUCACGAACAGGAGAAAGACGAUCUAUGUGGUGCCUCCGCCCGCCUUCUCUGAGGACGUCAGGUGCUUCGACGACUGGUCGGUGCCUGUUCUCCACGGAAAGUCGAUAGAGACAGAGCAAGCAGCUCAGACGCCGCAGACGAGGGAUGUGAUGGAGUAUCUGCAAGCCUUCUACCACGGCUUGCCGGUCAAACUUCUGGAGAAGCCAGCUCUGGCAUGCACUGCCUGGAACGAGGGCGGCGCCACCAAGAAACGAAGGGCUCAACCCAAGCAGGAUGUACCUCAACACAUCGGCCUUUCAACAGGCAAGGAAGCCACCCGCAUCCGCUGUCGUCCAUCCGGCGACUCCGUCUUCCCAGCCCAGCUCAACCUCGACGACCUCCUAGACGUCGCAAUCGCCAUCCUGCCCAGAGACGCCUACGCCCUUCUCAUGCUCGUGGACCACGACAUCUACGAAAACGACGACGAUGACUUCUGCUGCGGUCGAGCAUAUGGAGGUAGCAGAAUCGCCAUAGUGAGCACCGCGCGCUAUCGCCCUGAGCUCGAUGAGAUUCAGGAAUUCGAUCAAGACCUGGCAGCCAAGCAAGGCUCCGCUAUAGCCGCUGCUGUACUCGCGGCGAACAAAAGCGAAGCGCCGAGGACUACGGAGCAGCUGAGUGCGCUUUGGCUUGGAAGGGUAUGCAAGACUGCAUCUCACGAGCUUGGUCAUUGCUUCGGUAUUGCGCAUUGCAUGUACUACGCGUGCAUCAUGCAGGGGACCGCGAGCCUGGCGGAAGAUGCGAGGCAGCCUCCGUAUCUGUGUCCUGUGGAUCUCGCGAAGGUGCUUCGGGCGAGUGGGGCGAGUGAGAAGGGUCGGUAUCGGGCGUUGCUUAAAGUUUGUGGGGAGUGGAAGGAGGAUAGAAUGUUUUCUGCAUUUGGCGCCUGGAUUGAGAUGAGGCUGAAGCAGCCGGAUGCUAUACCGUCUUAA